GCAUCCAUAGUAAACGGCGUUUUGGGGCAGCAAAAGUGGACAGACGGGAUGGAGAUUUAUUUCACUACCGAAUGUUGAUACAUUUCGUUGCAAUGUUUCCAUUGUGUUCCCGGAGAUCUCGUGUUGCUCAUUUCGAGGCGAAGCGUUCCAUUAGAAUGUUUUGGAUUUUGUUGUGGUGUGAAAUUGACACAACUGCCUGGUAACCAGGUUUGUUGCUAUCAGGCCGGCCUUCCCUCACUAUGUAGUCGAAAAUUUAUACUUGUGAUUGUUCUCCCCUCUACAACUUUAAUUAAAACCUCGCAACAUAUUUGACUUGUAAUCGUUUUAUUCCCUGACAAGGUAGACUUGUCUUCCGGAACUAUUUUUCGAAUAUGUGCGUGUACUUCAAAUGUUAUAGUCGUAGCACAACUCUUUUCGUGAGUGCCGGGAACUUUUCCGAAGGGUCUGGACCGGCUAGUUGAACACUACGGGAAUUACAUGUGUGAGCUUUGAGCUAAUCACGAACGUCGUUUACCAACUGGUAUUUAAUUUCCCAGUGUCCGAGGAGGAGGGGGAAAAAUCGUGAUUUGUGCGAGUGUUUGGACGUAAAUAUUCUUCCUGGAGUUUGGAAAGAAUGCGAAUUAGUAAAGGCUACAGGGUGAAUGGGAGUUCAUAUCCUCAACUGGCUGACGGUGUUACCUGCUGUGUUGCUGCUGCUUCCCUACUCAACCCCUGCAGUCGUGUGUAUCUCGUGGAACUAUGGACCAAGAAUAUGAGCGGAGGCUUCUUCGACAAACACAUUUCCAAAAUGUCUCAGAAAAUAUGCUUUCUCCGGCUGCCUUGAGUACACGACAUGUAACCUCAAACUCGCCAGCAACCCUUCCUCGCAAGACAGGCGACCGAUUUAUACCAACGAGAGCGAGUUCCAACUGGAGCAUCAACUUCCAUACUAUAAAUGAAAAUGGAAAAUCCCCAAACCAGAAUCGAAAAACAAAAGAAGCAAAUUCUGACAAUGGGAAAGAUGGUGUGGCAUAUGCGGCCUUACUAAAGAACGAGUUACUGGGAGCAGGCAUUGAAAAAGUAAGUGACCCACAAACUGAAGAUCGGAGAUUCCAAAUGCCAAUGCAGGAGCGACGUAAUCUAUUCAGAUAUGCCUUGAGUACGAAGAGAUCUACUACUGAAAGUGGGAAUGAGAUUUCACCGUAUUCAUUAUCCCCUGUCAGUAAUAAAAGUCAAAAGCUAUUGCGGUCACCACGGAAACCAACAAGGAAGAUUUCAAAGAUUCCAUUUAAGGUUCUGGAUGCUCCAGAAUUGCAGGAUGACUUUUACCUCAAUCUAGUGGAUUGGUCAGCAGCAAAUGUCUUGAGCGUUGGUCUCGGUGCAUGUGUUUACUUGUGGAGUGCGUGCACCAGUCAGGUAACAAGGCUAUGUGACCUCUCCAUAGAUGGAGACUCUGUUACAUCUGUUUGUUGGAAUGAGAGGGGGAGCUUUGUGGCUGUGGGCACCCAUAAAGGGUAUGUGCAGAUCUGGGAUGCAGCGGCUGGGAAGAAGCUGACUUCUCUCGAUGGACAUUCCGCCAGAGUUGGUGCUUUGGCCUGGAAUGCUGAUCAACUCUCAUCAGGUAGUCGAGACCGUCUCAUUCUACAGAGAGACGUGCGAACACCCCCACUUCAGUCGGAGCGCAGGUUACAAGGUCACAGGCAGGAAGUUUGUGGGUUAAAGUGGUCUCCUGAUCACCAGCACCUGGCCUCUGGGGGCAAUGACAACAAGCUAUUUGUGUGGAACAAUUCCAGUCUGAGCCCAGUCCAGCAAUAUACAGAACAUUUAGCUGCUGUAAAGGCUAUUGCCUGGUCCCCCCAUCAGCAUGGGCUACUGGCUUCAGGAGGGGGCACUGCUGAUCGCUGCAUCCGGUUCUGGAACACACUGACCUGUCAGCCGCUGCAGUGUGUUGACACAGGCUCCCAGGUCUGCAACCUUGCCUGGUCGAAGCACGCAAACGAACUGGUUAGUACACACGGCUAUUCCCAGAAUCAGAUCUUAGUGUGGAAGUAUCCAUCCUUAACGCAAGUUGCCAAACUAACAGGGCAUUCAUAUAGAGUGCUCUACCUGGCUAUAUCACCAGAUGGCGAGGCUAUUGUGACAGGCGCAGGAGAUGAAACUUUACGGUUUUGGAACGUUUUCAGUAAAACCCGCUCUACAAAGUGCGAGGUGGCUCCUGAAAUACAGGAAAUGGUCAACAUUUUCCAAGAUCUCACCAUGAAUCUUUAUUGUCAAAGUGCAGCAUCGUUCAGUGGAUACAGAUCUUUGAUGAACCUCGUGCAGAAUGGACUGCUACUCCCAGAAUGGCGAGGAGGUUCGAGGAAGACUGAGCCACUGGGACACACCGGAGCCCACCAGCGCCAACGUGUGAUCAAGACUGGGCUGCCAAGAAGCCCCUCUAUUGAAGUUGAGUGGCCAGGGCAAGCCUGAGAUGCCAGUGCCUCUUCCUGCCCACAGACAACAAGGGAUUGCUCUCGCACACAGGAUAACCGAGAGACCACCAGCGCCACCUCUUCAAGCCCAAAGCUGAGCCACCAGGAUAAACCUGAGACCGCCUCUCAAGGCAAGGGUGAACUGUAUGGAAAACCCUCAGAUCACCAUGCCUCCUUCUUCGAAGUCUAGGAUUGAGCUGCUGGGAUAAGCUCCAGUUCGCCAGCGCCACCACACAUGCGUCCUGACAAUAAGGGACAGUGCACCCAUGUGGUGGUCCUGGACAUUCUUACCUCUGUAAAU